AUGCGGGCCCUCUCGCUCCUGGCGCUUGCUGCGCUUGCCCUUGUCCAGUCCAAGCCACUGAACGAGAAACGUGCCACUUUUGCUGCUGUACGCCCUCCAGCUGUUCCCCUCGCUGUACGGUCACCAUACCUGUCGACAUGGUCUGAUUCCAAUACUCUUGUGGGGUCAUGGCCCAAAUUUUGGACCGGCUCAAUCAAGGGAUGGGCCGCUAUCGCGCGGGUCGAUGGGCUAGCUUAUCCAAUAAUGGGUGACCCGGGCCAGGAUCCAAUUGGUUCAACUGGGAAUGCUGUUCAAAAGUCGCUGACGGUUACACCGACAAAAUCGAUUUAUGUCAUGCAAGCCGGCGCCGUCGAAGUAACAUUGACUUUCCUUUCCCCCAUCGAACCGGACUCGACUCAACUCCAGUCGAUCCCGCUGUCAUACCUCCAGAUUCAAGCACGCUCUACCGAUGGCGCCCUGCAUAUUGUGCAGAUCAUGGUGGACAUCAGCGCCGAAUGGGCUAAUGGCGACUCUUCCAAGGUUGCGUCUUGGGCUGUUGACAGCUCUGUUUCGGUUACGGGCGGAAAUCUCCAGAGCUUCACCGUGCAAACCCAGAGCCCUACGCAGUUCAGUGAAACCGGAGACUAUCCCAACUGGGGAACCGUUGUAUGGUCAACACUAAACGCGAACUCGUUGUCGUGGCAGAGUGGCGAUAAUGCACCGACGAUGCGAGCGGCAUUUGUUUCCAACGGGCGGCUCUCCAACUUGAACAACGCAAACUUUAGGGCUAUCAACAACGGAUGGCCCAUUUUUGCGUUUUCCAACAACCUUAACUACGUCUCAAGUUCUCCCUCGCAAACGCUAACAUACGUCAUCGGCCAUGUCCGGCCCCAGGCCAUAACCUGGCAACGUUCUCCCGUCAACGCGUACUGGACCAACUUCUGGUCUAACUGGCAAGGCAUGCUGCAAUUCUUCUACAACGAUUUGGCGAAUGCAGUCAGUCGUUCCAAUGCCCUGGACAACAAGAUUGCAGACGCGGCUAAUGCGGCUAACGGCCCGAACUACGAAGCGAUCGUUGCUCUCGCUGCUCGUCAGGCGUUCGGAGGGGUUGAGUUGGUUGGCAGCACGAGUGAACCUUGGCUAAUGUUGAAAGAAAUUUCGUCAAAUGGUAACAUGCAGACUGUGGACGUCAUUUACCCUGCCGCUCCGAUCCUCUACUACCUCAACGGAGAUCUCAUUCGUCUUAUUCUCAACCCCCACAUCAACUACAUGUCGUCUGGCCUCUGGCCGCGGUCCUACGCGACACAUGACUUGGGUUCUUCGUACCCCAAUGCUGACGGCCACAACGACGGAGGAGGAGAGGAGAUGCCCGUCGAAGAAUCCGCCAAUAUGCUUAUUUUGGUUGGCAUGUAUCUGCAAAAUCCGACAAGCCAAAGCGACGCCAAGGCCUGGGCGACCACACAUUACAACCUUUUCCGUGGGUGGGCCGAGUUCUUGGUUGCCAAUACGCUCUACCCCGAUCACCAACUGACCACCGACGAUUUCGCCGGCCCGAUCUCGAAUGCGACCAAUCUCGCACUCAAGGGCAUCAUUGGUCUGGGUGAAAUGGGCAGAAUCGCGAACUUUGUCGGCAAAACGGGUGAUGCCCUGCGGUACUCGUCAGUUGCGAAGCAGUAUACGGCAACAUGGGACGCCGUUUCGAGGGAUGCGUCUGGCCAGUAUCUCAACCUUGCGUAUGGGAACACGAGCACGUGGUCGCUCAAGUACAACCUUUUCCCUGACAAGUUGCUUGGCCUCAAUCUGAUUCCGGCCAACACCAUUGCGCUCGAGGACGCCAAGUACAAGACAGUCAUGAAUACCUAUGGAGUGCCCUUGGACGUCCGCCACACUUACACCAAAGUCGAUUGGGAGUUGUGGACAGCCGCUUCUGCCAACGAUGCUUCGCUUCGCCAGAGCAUUGUCGAUGGUGUCUACCGAUUCAUCAACACUUCGCCUUCUCGGGUUCCAUUCAGUGACUGGUACGACACUGUUAAUGGUGGAGCAAAUGGCUUCCGAGCACGACCUGUCAUCGGUGGCAUGUUCAGUAUUUUGGCACAAGGUUUGAACAAGCCUGGCUUGCCUGAAGCCAAACCGUCGAGUGUGGACACUUCGAAAACAUACCGCAUCACGGUUGGUGGACGGUCGGGAUGCUACAACGUUCUGAGUGUUGCGGCCUGCGGGUCGGCCAAGGUCGACCUCUUCGGCUCUGACGAAGGCUCGGGCCGCCAGCGCUUCAAAUUCGUCCCUGUCGAUGGACUGACGAACGUCUACAACAUCAAGGUCGCCGGUGGGCGUGACGGAUGCGACACUUUCCUGUCUUCUGGCCAAUGUGGCAGCAACCUCGUUGACCUAUAUAGCCGCGACGACGGCUCGGGCCGCCAGCGAUGGGUGGUGAACCCCUCGGGGAAUGGCUUCAACAUCCAGCCUUACAGCGGCCGCGCGAGCUGCAACACUUUCCUGAGUGUUGCUUCCUGCGGCACAGAUUUGGUGGACUUGUAUUCGUUUGAUGAUGCCAGUGGGAGGCAACAAUUCACGCUUACCGCGGUGUAA